AUGAGGAGUAUUAUUUUCGCAUUUGGUGAAGCACAAGGCAUCUCCAAUGUCGAUUGGCAGCUGGGAAUGCGCAAUGCAAAUGCAACUGGAACGGCGAGCAUCUCGGGAUACAACGUUACCGCUAAGUAUCCAGGAGAGAGAAGCGAUAACUGGACAGUAUCGAUAUCAGUGUCCAGCGAUAUACCAGGGGGAAAUACAGCUGGUGGUCAAUUUGUUACUGGUACCCAGAUCGAGUGGACAGCUCCUCAAGGUUUAAUUGGAUCAGCCGAUCCAUCGUGGUUUCUCUGCCGCACUACUUACAGCAGCUCAAAAUUGAAGAAAUCCGGAUCCGCUCCGAGCCAGGGAAGCUGUAAUGGGAUAUUAUCCGACAACUGCUGGAGUGAUCUCCAAGAGUCACUUGAAGCAGGCAGACAGUGUCAAAAUAACACUUUGCCUCCGAGUUGCGCCGAUGAGCUUGGCUUGUCAGAUGGAGAAGGGUUUGGAUUAUCAUCUGCACGUCCCGUCAAAAGCAAUAGCAGCGACAGCACAUCGCUUCAGCUACGGUUCGGCGAUGAAAGUCACGAACUUGGAAACUUUACCACUUACGACAGCGCCAUCCGACAAAUCUGGGUCGUGGUCACAGGAUUCGCCCAAGCUGACAGUGAUAAUGCACAUCCAAGGGGCUCUGCCGGCCAACCAGGAAGCGUUGCAUGCAUCCAGGCCAGUGAAGUUCAGAGGGACAGUAGAGACUUUGAGGAUACAGCCAGCAUUGCACCUUUAUCGCUAAUGAGAAUCUUGGCCGGUGUCACAUUGGUGCUAGCCUUGAUUUGA